AUGGGAUUCCUGACAGCACUUGCGCGGCGGUACGGGGUUCGGGCCUGUAGCCACCUCGCCGGUCCCUCGUACCCGCCUCUGCGGCAGGCCACCUUGGGGCAAGUCGUCUCGGAAGCAGCCCAGAAGUGGGGUCACCGAGCAGCUGUGCACUUUCCUGCCGAGAACGUCUCGCUCGGCUAUGCAGAGUUCCACGAACAGGUUGAGCGCGUGGCUGAAGGUCUGCUCUCGUUGGAAGUGGAGUCGGGGUCACGGGUGGCUAUUCUGUCACCCACUUGCCACCGGUACAUCGUCUGCCAGUUCGCCGCGGCCAAGGCGGGACUCACUCUGGAGAUCCUCGCGGACGAUGUGCCGAUUGGUGGCUGA